AUGAAGCAUAAAUUUUUAGAAAUUUGUGUAAACAGCGCCGAAAAUAUUCCAACAAAUUCUCAAGAACAAGAAGCUGAACUUAAGAAUCAGCCAACAGACAAUUCCGCUUCGAGCAAAAAGACACCUGCAUUAGAUCAGUUCACCAUUAAUUUGACUGAAAAAGCCCAAAAAGGUGGGAUUGAUCCAGUCAUUGGUCGUGAAUAUGAAAUCCGUUUAAUGCUUGAUAUCUUGAUGCGUCGUCGUCAAAACAACCCUAUUUUAACGGGUGAACCUGGUGUGGGAAAAACGGCUGUUGUAGAAGGUCUGGCAUUAAAAAUUUCACAGAACCAAGUGCCCGAUGCGUUAAAAAAUGUCCAAUUACACUCUUUGGAUAUGGGCCUGUUACAAGCGGGUGCAAGUGUUAAAGCUCACACCAUGAUUGGUGCGGGCGGCCAAGCUGGGCAAAAUGAUGCUGCGAACUUAUUAAAACCUGCACUUGCGCGCGGUGAAUUACGCACAAUUGCAGCAACAACUUGGGCUGAAUACAAACAAUAUUUUGAAAAAGAUGCUGCUUUAAGUCGUCGUUUCCAAGUGGUCAAAGUAGAAGAACCGACUGAAGAAGUCGCGAUCGAUAUGCUACGUGCCAUGAUUCCAGUGAUGGCCAAUCACUUUAAUUUACGCAUUGAUGAUGAAGCGAUUAUCACCGCUGUUCAUUCUUCACAUCGUUAUAUUAGUGGCCGCCAACUCCCAGAUAAAGCCAUUAGUGUGCUUGACACCGCUGCGGCUCGUGUUGCGCUAACCCAAAAUGCUCAACCGGUCAAACUCGAUCAACUUAAAGCACAACAACAUAAUUUAAAUCUUGAAUUCAAUAUUAUUGAAAAUGAACACCGUCACCAGCCAAUUCAUGAAGAACGUUUAACUCAAUUAACAUCAUCAUUGGAAUUGCUUGAUCAAGAAAUUCAGCAAACAGAACAACAAUGGCAAGCUGAAUUGGCACUGAUUCAAAAAAUCCAAGCAUUAGAAACUGCUGAACAGGCUGAUUCCAACAAAGAUGAGAUGCUCAGUACACGUACGCAGCUAUCUGAGCUACAAGACUGGACGGGUAUUCCUGUUGGCAAAAUGGUCAAUGAUGAAAUUAAGCAAAUUCUCAGUCUGGAAGAAAAACUUGAAAAACGUGUGAUGGGACAAGAUUAUGCCCUACAUCAGUUGGUUCAAGAAGAUCCAAAUAAACCACAGGGUGUUUUCAUGCUUGUCGGGCCAAGUGGUGUAGGUAAAACAGAAACUGCCUUAGCACUUGCCAAUGAACUUUAUGGUGGUGAGUCACAUUUAAUCACCAUCAAUAUGUCUGAAUACCAAGAGGCGCAUACGGUUUCUUCGCUUAAAGGUGCGCCUCCAGGAUAUGUCGGGUAUGGUCAAGGCGGUGUUUUGACUGAAGCCGUUCGACGUAAUCCGUAUAGUGUUGUGUUAUUAGACGAGAUUGAAAAAGCACACAGCGAUGUUCAAGAACUGUUCUAUCAAGUUUUUGACAAGGGCACACUCGAAGAUGGUGAAGGUCGUGUGAUUGAUUUUAAAAACACCACGAUAUUACUGACGUCAAACACGGGCUCAAAUGCCAUCAUGCAGGCAUGCUUAAAUCAACCUGUCGAAGAAUGGCCAAGUGCUGAAGAGCUGACUGAACAACUCAAACCAAGCUUAUACAAACAAUUUAAGCCAGCAUUCUUAGGCCCACGACUCGAAAAGCAGUAUGAAACCAAAGUGACAUAUAGCGAAGAUUUAAUCGAAUUAAUUCUAAGUCGUUGUACUGAAGUUGAUAGUGGCGCACGUAAUGUUGAUAACAUUUUAAAUGCCUCAGUGUUACCUGCUUUGGCCACUGAAAUAUUGGUGGCUUUGGCUGAACAAAAAAUACCAAAAGUCAUUCAUAUUGAUACUAAAGAUGAUGAAAUCAUUUACCUAUUAGAUCCACAAGCGAAGCCAGCAAAGAAAAAGUCGAGCAAAAAAUCAAAAGUUGUGGAAGCUUAA